UCCUCUUUAUACACAAUCUCUUUCGCAAAUGUAUUCGUUUUUAUAUCCAUUUCUUAGUUACAGUUCAGAGAGAGAGAGAUAGGGUGGCCAAAGCCCAAAGGAGCUUCACUUUUCUUCGUCUUCAUGAUCAUUACCAACCCCAUAUCCUUUUACACUCUGUAUCCCUGAGACUCUGUUCUAAACAGCUUCUUCUUCUUCCUUUUAGGCAUUUUGGGCUUUUGUAAGUGUUUAUAACUGUAAACUUAAGCUCUGGUGAAGCUUUCAUGUCUGUGCCUUUGGAGCAUAAUUACAUAGGCUUAUCGGAGGCUCCUCCUUCAAUGGAAGGCUCUGAGAGGUCCUCUGAGAGGACCAGUGGUGGUUUGAACCUCAAGGCGACUGAGUUAAGACUUGGCCUGCCCGGCUCCGACUCACCCGAAAGAGAUAAGGGGAUGGUGACAGAGGACAAGGCCGGGUACCCGCUUGGGGUGCUGAAGAGCUUGUUAGUGGUGUCUGGUGCCAAGAGGGGCUUCUCUGACGCCAUUGAUGGAGGCUCUGGGAAGUGGGUUUUCUCUGGGAGUGGCGGAUCUGAGGCUGAGUCGGGUAAAGGUGGCAACUUGUUCUCUCCCAGAGGUGUUAAUGGCGCAGGGAAAGGUGGUCUUGUGGGUGGGUCCGAGGGUGCAAAUCAGAAUACGGGUUUGGGCGGUCCGAUUCUGAAAGAUGGUGUUGUUCCUCAGUCACCUAAGCCGUCGCAGGAGAAGAAGCCCCAGCUCUCUGCUCCUGCGGCAAAGGCACAAGUUGUUGGAUGGCCACCAAUUCGUUCUUACCGGAAGAAUUCAAUGGCAUCUCAUCCUCCAAAGAAUGAAGAUGACACAGAGGGCAAACUGGGAUCUGGAUGUCUUUAUGUCAAGGUCAGCAUGGAUGGUGCUCCGUACCUAAGAAAAGUUGAUCUCAAAACUUACGGUAGCUAUAGGGAACUCUCUUCUGCGCUGGAAAAGAUGUUCAGCUGCUUUACAAUUGGUCAGUGUGGCUCACAUGGAGUUCCCAGCAGAGAUGGAUUGAGCGAGAGUCGGUUAAUGGACCUCCUCCAUGGUUCUGAAUAUGUACUCACCUAUGAAGACAAGGAUUCUGAUUGGAUGUUGGUUGGUGAUGUUCCCUGGGAGAUGUUCACUGACUCUUGUAAGAGGAUGAGGAUCAUGAAGAGUUCCGAGGCUAUUGGGCUAGCACCAAGGGCAAUGCAGAAGUGUAAAAACCGCAACUAGUGCAACACUACUGCAGUAUGCAUACUAUGUUCCAGUCAAGCAUAUGAUGUUGGAAGAGGUUUCUAUCGAGAUGCAGAAAGCCAUGAACGGGUCUUGAAAUUAGGCCCACCCUUUCCCUUUUACUUAUGGUUCUUAAUAUUGAAAGAUUGUAUUGGAAAAACAAUGUAGUAGAGACAAAGAUAUAUCAUCCCUAGAUGGUUCCAGGUUUCUUAGGUUUGCUCCCUCUCAUGUCUCUUGCUGUCAGUGUAAUAUGAUUGCUGUUUGUUAAGAUCACAGUAUUAUGUAUAUUGUUUGUUUUCUGUA